GACAGCCGAAUUUGUUUGCUUCUAAACGUAAACAAACACGCGCCACCAGACUUUUUUCCAAUUUUUCUGUAUUCUCUCAGUUAUUUUACAAUUGUAGUUACAAUUAUCGAUUAGUUUAGCGCAAAGAACACUUCAAUCAUGUCGGCAGCAUUCAAAUUAGCAAAAAAGAAAUACACACAGCAAGAUCUGCGUCGUAUAAUGCAUGAAACCAAGGCCAGUAGCAGCGGAAAAGCAUCACAGGAAACGGCUUCCAAGAGGAUCGAUUCACCACUGGCAAAGUACAAAGAAGCAGGACAACUAACUUGCAUCCUUUGCAAUUCGGUUGUCCGCUCGGAAGCCGUUUGGAAGGUUCACAUCAACUCCAAGCAGCACAAGGAGAACAUUGAACAGGCCAAAAAGCUCAAGGAAAGGGCGGUCACAGCUCAGAAAACGCCAGUCACAACUCCCUCGUCCUUCAAGCGACCUUCUUCGCCCAGUGCACAGGAUUCAGGAGCCGUAAGCAAUAAGAAAGUAAAGGGGAUUCUCAAAAACUCCGCCUCCGAUCAGAAACAGCAAUCCCUGCCGUCGGAUUUCUUCGACUCGGGCCCCACAAAAAUCAACAAGGAUCUGGUCAAUAUUCGUCUUCCAACUGGAAGAUCCUCGGCAACCAACCAGGACGGAAAUCCGGAAGCGGAAGCCCCUUCACAAGAACUCCCUCCGGACGAGGAAAAGCUUCCGGAGGGUUUCUUCGACGAUCCCAAAGCGGACGCCAAAGCGCGCAACAUCGAGUACAAAGACCCCAACGACGAGGAGUGGGAACGCUUCCAGAAGGAGAUCAAGGAGGCCACCACCGAGUCGCUGGCCAUCAUCAAUGAGGAGCAGGAGGAAUCAACGGCCGAGCGGCAGAUUAGCGAGAUUGACGAGCAAAUUCGGAACUGGUCCCGGGUGUUGAGUCUGGAGAAAAAGAAGGAAGAGGUCCGGCAGAGGACACUGACGGCGCUGGAAGUGGGAGAGCAGCGGGUUGUUAAGAUUAAGAAGGAGGAAGCGGAGGACAGCGAAGGGGACGAGGAUGCGGAAGAUGCCGAAUUUGACGAGUUUCCCGACUGGAGGGCGAAGAAGUCGUUCAAGUAGGUGAAAGUUGUUAUGCGUAUUUUCGUAGAAAUAUUAAGUUGAGAUGGAUGAUCGUA